AUGUGCUACAACUCUGCAGUCGUCGCCUGCGGGAAGGCCGAGCGGUGGCAGCCAGCGCUGGCGUUACUACGAGCACUAUCCGAGGCGAUGCUCGAACACGACACGGUGAGCUACGCCGCAGGAAUGAUGGCAUGCGCGAAGUGUGGGGAAUGGUUGCAGGCACUGUCGUUGCUGAGCGAGAUGGAGGAGGCCGUUCUGGAGCCCUCCGUCCUUGGCUACCAUACACUAAUGGCCGCCUGCCAGAGUGCUGGGCAGUGGCAGCACGUAAUUUCGCUGCUGGGCGAAAUGCAGAGAGUGGAGGUGGAGCUGGAUUUUUCCAGCUACACUCCUGGAAUCAACGCAUGCGAGAGAGGUGGGCAGCUGCAGCACGCGUUGCCCAUGCUUGACGUCUUGUCAGCAUGCGAACUGAGACUUGGAAGUCAUCAGCUGCAACAUACGAAUCCGCGUGUGCGAACACCUCGGCUAGUACAAACUCGCGGCGUUGUUGUUCAAUGA